AUGCAGACGGGCAAAACUCACACGGUGUAUGCCCACCCGUCAUGGACCGUGGGCAAUCUGAUGUGGACCAUCGAGAAAAUGGAGGGCAUCCCUAUUGGCUUUCAGCGCCUGUUAUUCAACCGCAAGCUGCUGGUGGGCCAGGACACUUUGGAGCAGCACAAGAUCGGAAGCCAGAGCACACUUCACCUUUUCUUGCAGAUCAGGGGCGACUGA